AUGUCAUCCUCUACCCCAACUCCCAACCUUGGACUGAAUUUCACGCCGACAAUACGACGUGACACCUAUUCUGCGAUAGAUCCGGUAGCGAACAAACCGGGAUGCCGCGGUAAGGCUGUGCUCAUCACUGGUGCCACCAAAGGGAUCGGUCAAGCAAUAGCAAUCGCCUAUGGUAAAGCUGGCGCCUCAUGUAUUGCAAUUGGUGCGCGGAACAUCGCCGAUGCGUCUGCUGUGUGUGCGAUGGUUAGUGAAGAGGCAAAAAGUGCGGGCGUCUCGGAACCGCCCGACAUGCUCCCUCUUCGGAUAGAUGUUUGCGAACGUGGCAGUAUCGAUGCCGCAGUGACAGCCAUCAGGAACUCAUGGGGGCGGCUUGAUGUGCUAAUAAACAACGCAGGCUUCCUUGCACCUUUUGUACCAAUGGGAGCCGGGGAUGAAACGGAAUGGUGGCGGACAUGGGAGGUCAAUGUUCGAGGCGUAUAUUGGGUUAUCAAGGCCAUUCUGCCACUCAUGCUUCAGGGUGGCGAUAAAACCAUCGUCAACGUGGCAUCUGUUGGCGCAUUGGCUCUUUCCCCUGGAGCCAGCGCGUAUCAACCCUCUAAGUUGGCGGUGAUGAGGCUUACUGAAUACCUGAUGGUUGACUACGAGGACCAGGGCCUGCUUAGCUACUGUGUUCACCCAGGCUCCGUUCCCACAAAUUUAGCUAUCCGGAUGCCGAGCUCAAUCGUCAAAGGUAAGUCUUCGGACGUCAAAAGUAUAUUAGUAACCCCUCUAAUGGUUCAUGUGCAUCUAGCUGUCUGCAUUGACAAGCCAGAGCUAGCCGCGGACACUAUCACAUGGCUGACCAGUGAGAGGAGAGAGUGGCUAGCUGGUAGGUACAUCAGCUGCAACUGGGACAUGUCUGAAUUCAUCUGUCGGCGAGAUGAGAUCGUGGAGAAAGACCUUCUGAAGUUGAAGCUAGCUCUAUGA